UGAGAGUUGUCUUGUUUGUCUCUCGUUUCAUUUGAGUCUACUCGUUUUUUUCUUAUCUAUCGAGAGAGAGCGCACAACAACUCUCCCGUCGUCACUCAUUCGAUUACGGGGAGUGUUUUAAUGGCUCUUAUACAAUUUGGAAGUUCAUGUGUUGCUCAUUGGGGGAUUCUUCGUCCUCAGUUUGCUGUUAAAGCUUAUUAUCCUACCAAAUUCGAAUCUCACCAUGACAAUUGCAUCAGCCAAAUAAAUUGUUUGGAAGCUUCAAGGUCGAGUAUGUUCUCACAGGGCUCCUUGCCCUUCUUGUCGUUGAAAGGACUAUCCCGAAAUACACAUUCUCGUAGAGGAGCUCGUUUCACUGUUAGAGCCGAUACUGAUUUCUAUUCUGUCCUUGGAGUCUCGAAAAGUUCAACCAAAGCUGAGAUUAAAAGUGCUUAUCGGAAGCUCGCCAGGAGUUACCAUCCGGAUGUGAACAAGGAUGCUGGGGCAGAAGAUAAAUUUAAAGAAAUAAGUAAUGCAUAUGAGAUCUUAUCAGAUGAUGAAAAAAGAUCUCUAUACGACAGAUAUGGCGAGGCAGGAGUUAAAGGCGCUGGAAUGGGAGGCAUGGGGGAUUAUAGUAAUCCAUUUGAUCUAUUCGAGUCAUUAUUCGAAGGAAUGGGUGGGAUGGGAGGAAUGGGCGGUGGAAUGGGUAGUAGAGGUUCAAGGAGCAGAGCUAUCGACGGUGAAGACGAGUAUUACUCACUAAUCUUGAAUUUCAAAGAAGCCGUUUUCGGUAUCGAGAAAGAAAUUGAGAUAUCUCGGUUAGAGAGCUGUGGGACUUGCAAUGGUUCUGGAGCAAAGGCAGGAACCAAACCGACCAAAUGCAAAACAUGUGGCGGGCAAGGACAGGUGGUAGCAUCGACAAGAACACCACUCGGUGUAUUCCAACAAGUCAUGACUUGCUCCCCGUGUAACGGAACUGGAGAGAUUUCAAAACCAUGUGGCGCAUGCUCAGGAGAUGGACGUUUGAGAAGGACAAAGCGGAUUAGUCUUAAAGUUCCUGCUGGUGUGGAUUCUGGAAGUAGGUUAAGAGUAAGGGGAGAAGGAAACGCGGGAAAGAGAGGCGGAUCAUCAGGAGAUCUCUUUGCUGUUAUUGAGGUGAUUCCGGAUCCGAUUCUGAAGCGUGAUGAUACGAAUAUACUUUAUACGUGUAAGAUUUCGUAUGUAGAUGCCAUAUUGGGAACGACUUUGAAGGUUCCGACAGUGGAUGGAGAGGUGGAUUUGAAAGUACCAGCAGGGACACAACCGAGCACGACGCUGGUGAUGGCGAAAAAAGGAGUUCCGGUUUUGAAUAAGAGUAAGAUGAGAGGUGAUCAGUUAGUGAGAGUGCAAGUUGAGAUUCCUAAGAGAUUGAGUAAAGAAGAGAAGAAACUUGUUGAGGAGCUUGCUGAUAUGAGCAAGAACAAGGUAGCUAAUAGCAGGAGAUAAACCAAACACACAGAUUAUGAAAAAAUGUGGUGUUAUAUAUAGGUUCAUCAUCAUCCUCCUCUAGCUGCUUGUCUUCUUUCUAAUGAUGGAGAAGAUAAGCAUAGAGGGAGAAGAAAGACUUACUAGGUGAGAGGAAAAUUGAAGAACUCUUUCUUUGGUUUUUUCCUCUUCAAUUUUUGUAUUUUACUGGAUUUAUCAGGAUUCAGGCUAGGUCUUGAUUGUUUGUACUGUUAUUUAUACAUUUGAACUUCUUUUUGUUUUAUUAUUAAAUGAAAAGUUAUUAAACAAAGACAAA